CAUAGCAACACAACAUAAUGUGGUAACUCAACAGUCGGAACUGCCACAAUAAAUUGUGUUUCACCGAAAAUAUGGAAUAUUACGACGAAGUUGUUGAAAUUGACGAUCGAGCGGGUCACAAUAAAUCAAUUGCUGAACCUGGAAUUAUUGGAAAAUCUAUGCCAGAUGAUGAGGACUUAACUAAAGCUACGGGAAGUGGACGACAGAGCCGUAGACCUACAAGCUCAUUGACGCGUAACAGGCAGCCACAGAAGGUCGAUAGUUUCGGUUCCGAUUCCGAUAGUAGUGAUACGGACCAACAUGACAGUAAACAAUUCAUAACCGACCAUAAAGAAUGGGACAAAUUAGAUGUACCAACCGAUAUUAGGGAGAUAUUCCAGUACAUUUUGCGGUAUUCUCCUCAAAAAGUCGAAAUCGACUACGUCCUUCAACCAUUCAUACCGGAAUUCAUUCCAUCCGUUGGUGACAUUGAUGCAUUUCUCAAAGUCCUGCCGCCGAAAUUGCUGAACGAAAAGUCGACCAUUCUGUCCCACAUUGAAAAAUUGGGUCUUGAGAUACUGGACGAACCGAGCGGUCAACAGAGCGAUCCAGCUCUUCUACACAUGAAACUGCGUUCCGUAUCGACCACACAGCCACGAGCACCGGCGCCACCAUCAUCGGUUGUGUCCAAAUCGCAAAAAGACAUCGACAAAUGGAUCGAGGAAGUGCAGAAGUUACAUGUCAAUCAUCCGUUUCCGCAAGUGGUUCACACGAAACCAGCCCAAGACAUCGAUAAACUGAUGACCGAGUGGCCGCCCGAAAUGGAGAGAAUGUUGAAUCAGUUGGGAUUUCCGAGCGCCUAUUUGAAUUGUUCGCUGAAAUUCUACAUUGAAUUGGUGUGCGGGAUUUUCGACAUUCCAAUUGGUGCUGGGAAGACCCAAUCUGACUACAUUUACGCUCUGUACACUCUGUUUAACUUGUACGUAGCUGUUAAAUCGUCAGUCGCUUAAGGAAAUAAGUUGAUUUCAUGCAAACCGCUAGAA